AUGGAAAUCUUCAGCAGAGGUCCAUUAGUUUUAAAUUUGAGCAAUUGUGACAUAGAUAGUCCUUUGCCCUCAAGAGUGUUCGACUUUGUCAUGACUACCUGCGAUUUACAUAAAAACAAGUUUUACGGAGAGAUACCGGAUAUUUUUGGGGACACGUCCAUCCUGAAUUAUUUUGACAUCUCUUCGAAUAACCUGUCUGGAAGUUUUCCACUAGGGAUCCAAACUCUCAUCUCCUUACAAUUUUUGGAUAUUUCUGGAAAUCCUUCUAUGCGAGAAGCAACUACAGCAUCGUCGACUGUCUUUCGUCCUGACUUUUCAAGAAUGUUUACACCAAAGGAAAAAGAUAAGUUUAGUUGUCCUGAAGGACGACUCACAAUAAGCAAUGGCCGUAUUCGUCUGGAUCCAACAUUUUACGAGUACAAAUAUUGCGUCUGCGAUACAGGUUUCUACGGAGAUAGUGGGAUGUGCAAGAAAUGCAUGGAUGGUGGGACGUGCCCUCAGUCUGGCUUCACUGAAUCAAAUUAUGUCCACCCAAACAUCAUGAAAUUGCGAAGUGGCUAUUGGCCAUCGCCCACUUCUAACAGUGUCACCCAUCUGGUCAAGUGCCCAGUAUCAACUGCAUGUAAUCCAUCAGCUUCCUGCACAUGUCGACUCGAAACAACACCAAAGCACACAAACUCGUCCCACCACAGACCUUCAGUAUCAUCACUGAUCACAACAUGCAAUCACUCCUGCAUCUGCCAUGAAGGAAACACGGACAGGUUUUGCUCUCGUUGUCAAGACGGAUUUUAUAAACUUGGUGGACUGUGCUUCAAAUGUCCAAAGGGCGACCAAAUUUACUACUAUCUGUUUAUUCCUUCCUUUGCUGUGUCAUUCCUUGCUCUACUUUGGUCAUAUUUUUACUUCAAGCUGAAACCAAUCAAAUGGUUUGCAGUUACGGCAGCUCAUUUUCUUUUAAUGUUAACAUUCAUGUUGUUGGAAUUACUGCCAGCCUGGGUUUUCAAACUAAAUCUGGUAGUCUUUGUGCUGUGUAUGACCAGUAGAGGAAAAGCAGCCCGACCUCUCAUCAGCAUCACAGUGUUUUAUAUCCAAACCAUGGAUUUUUUGAUAUCCAGUGUCAAUGUUUGGCCUAAAAAGGUCGUAGUGGCUCAGACGUACUUGAGUAGCUACUGGAACCUUUAUUUUCCUUCGCUUUCCUGCGACUUACCUUCAUUUUUCACUCCCGUCGGCAAGUUUGCUUUUCUGCUUCUUCUUCCAGUUGCUUGCAUGGCAAUGAUAGGCUUGUAUUUCAUCAUCUUGAUGACUUACGACAGGUUUCGUCGAGACCAGGAACGCAUGAACAACGUUCAUUUCAAAUGUCGUCAAAGUGCCUUCUUUUGCCUUAACUUCAGCUACUUUCCCAUUGUAAAGCAAACUCUCUCCAUUCUACGCCCAUGCCACAAUGACCGUGAUGUUCUUUACAUGCCAAACUUUCCCUGGAUUGAAUGCACCUCUCACACUUACAAAACUCUAUCAGUCCUUGGUGGCGUCUCUGUUGCGUUUUAUCUUAUUGGGUUUCCCUUGCUUCUCAUUUAUCUGAUGUUUGCUUUCUUUCGAAAGAGAGAAAUCAUGAGUCCUGAAGAUCGCGAGAAACUUGAUGCUUGGCUUGGUCCUGUCUAUUUACCUUACAAACCAAAGUACCAGCACUUCUUCGAGAUUUUCAUGCUUCUUCGACGCUUGCUUCUCGCCAUAGCGUUGUCUAUGAUUUCUUCUUCCUCUUCUUUGCAAACGUUUGUUGUUUGGCUGAUACUUAUGGUUUCAGCCAUUCUUUGCUUACGUUUAGAGCCCUAUGACAAUCGGUCGAUUAACCGAUGGGCCCAAGAGAAUGUUUUCGAGCCCCUGGUGUUGUUCGUGUUGUCCACGUCUUUUAUGCUGGUGAGGUUUUCGGCUUUGGACAGCUCCUACACAGUUGCAUUCGUCUGGGUUGUUAUGUUUGUCAAUUCGUGCGUCCUGGUCGUUCUUGUAGGUGUUAUUUUGCGUCUUCUUGUUGUCACUGGUAACAGUAAUGACAAUGGCGGUUUGGCUCCAAUUAUAAAUCAUGAUGGAUAUGAGAGUUUAAGAGAAGAUGAAAGCAAUAACGAUGACGAGAGACGCCGUUUGCUGCCUGUUAACGAGCACUCGAUUAAUAACUUCAGGCUCUGA